UUCUUCUCACUCCUGAUUCAGCACCUCAGUCUUAGACGUGUUGGAGAACGAUUCCUGGCCAACCAUGGAGGGAUCACGUCUGUUGCACAAAGUUAUCCGUGAGGGAAAUUUCACUGAAGUGCUGAAGAUUUUGGAUAAGGGAGUUGACAUUGAAGCGAGAGACGCUGAAGGUCAAACGCCUCUCCACGUCGCUGCACGGCUAGGUCAUGAACGUAUUGUAGACGUCCUUCUUAACAAAGGCGCUAAGGCCGAAGCUCGUGAUACUUGGGGUCAAUGGACUGCUCUCCAUCACGCCGUUUGGGGAGGUGGGACAGGAGCGGUUAAACGUCUUCUCGAUCAUUCCGUUGACAAAGAUGCAAGGGACAAGGAAGGUCAAACGCCUCUCCAUCUGGGAGCAAUGCUUGGACGAAUAGUGGAAGUCAUUAUGCUGCUAGAAUCCGGAGCCAAUCACGACGCACGUGAUCAGAAAUUCUUCACGCCGUUACACUGCGCAGCAGCAUUCGGGACAGUCGAGCUCGCACAGGUUCUGCUGCAAAGGGGAGCUGACAAGACUGCAAAGACGAAGGAUGGAAAGACGCCCUUGCAAAUUGCAGAGUCCAAUAAACGCCAUGAUGUCGUCCAAAUGUUUCAACGUUACCUUGGAUCAAGGCGCUCGAGUCAGGUAUCUGCUGCCAUACAAGGAACUAUAAGCCAAGUGGAGAUAAUGAAGCGUGCUGAGAAUUCUGUGGGAAAAGCAUAUGACGAGAUUGCUGUUCGCGAAGCAUCAGACAAGAUUGAAAAACUUGAAUUAUCUCUACAAGAGGCACAGAAGAAGGCUGCUGUUGAAGAAAAGAAGAGACUUGAAGUUGAGGCGAAGUUUGUCACUGAAGUACACAAGAGGAAGGAGGCUGAGGCAAGAGCCUUGGAUGAGGAGAAGAAAAGGAAGGAAGCAGACUUACGGAAGAGGGUUCUUGAAAAGCAAAUGGCUGACGCUAUGCACACUGCAAGUGAAGGGGAACAGAUGAGACAAGAGAUGGAAAGCCAGCUUGACUCGGAGAGGACUCUCCGGAUCAAUGCUGAGAAGAAAGUCAUUGAACAUCAGCGGAGGCUGGAGCUGGUGGAGUGCCAGCUGCAUGAGGCUGCGCAUCUGAAACGCAUGGCAGAAGUUAAGGCAAAGGAAGAAGAAGAGAAACGGAUGAAGCUUGAAGUGGCGUUCAAUGAGGUCGAGAAAACACACAAGGAGUACAACGCCAAAGUUAAGGCUGAUCAGGAGGUUCUGAAGGGGAUGACCUUGAAGCUUGAGGUGUCAGAAAAGAAGCGAUCGGAGUUGGAGCAGAAAUUGAAGGAAGAAGCCGAGAAGUGCCGUAAGAUGGAAGCAUUCAAUCGCCAAGAAUUGAAGCUCAGAAAGGAGGAGGAGAAGAUGAGAAGGGAGUUCCAGGCCAAGCUUCAGGAGGAAGUAAAGAAGCGAUCUUUGGCAGAGCUCAGAAGUGGAGAUGAGGCGAAGAAGCGGGCUCGAGCUGAGAUCAAGGCUUUGGCGGAAGAGGGCAAGGUGCAUGAACUGGAGACGAAGCUUGGUGCAGUUCAGGCCAGAACAAAGGAGUUGGAGAAAAAGCUUGCUGAUGCACUGGAUCGUCUUCAUAAGAAAAAUAAUGGUCUGGUGUCUGGGGAGCAAGGAUCAGAAAAUACACAGCAGGUGAAGGCUUCUGAAGAGACUGAGACGGUGAAGGCCUGUGAGAUACACAACCUGAGCACAAACUCCAUUGGUGUCGAUGACAACGGUGCUGCAGUGCCUGACGAGCUGUUGGGCCAGAAUGCUGGAGUGAGCUCUCAACCUGAAGAAAUUCUGAGGCUCAGGCAGUUGGUGAAAGCGCAGGAGCAGCAGAUAGAUGAGUCCAAGGAGGUGAUCAAGAGUCUCAUGUCGGCAGCUGAGGUGGGAAGGUCAGUGAGGACAUCACGAGCUUCAGAGGGCAUUGUCUCCCAUACAAGAAUGUCCGCAGCAGAACCUCCUCCUGGGUCCACAGGUGAAGCUGGUGAGGAAGAGGAGGGGAGCACAGAGGCGUCAGAGAACGAGCUACAGCCUUCAUCAAAAUUGGACAUUGAAGCUCUGAAGGUUGAGAACGCCUCUCUUCAGUCUGCACUGCAGAAUCUCUCUGAGAAGGUCCUUGAACAUUCUGAUUGCAAGAGCACGAUCGAAGAUCUCCAUGCUGAGCGGAGGAAUUUACAAGAGCAGUUGUCCCAUGAAAAGGAGUUGCGCGAAGAGCUAUGUGCCGAAGUCAAGGAUGCUAAACGGAAGAAAGAGGAGGCAGAGAUGAAGGCUGCAGCUAUGAAGGAGUGUUUGGCUAAAGUUGAAGUUGGUGGACAUUCGUCGACUGUGUCUCCGAGGGAUAAUCCCAGCAAAGGACCAACAAUGCUGGAGAAGCUGAAGAUGCGGACACCAAGGAUGUUUGAAAUCCCACACAAGUGAUGCUGGAAUUUUAAUGAGCAUGGUGACAUCAAUCUCUGCACGAAGGGCUACCAUAAGAGGGUUGUGCUGGUGUUUAUAAAUGAUUGAACUGCACUGCAUUGGACCAUGUCCAUUUCAUGAUGGGGGUGUACAUCAAACAGGAACCACUGCUGACUGAGCUUUGGCAUGGAUCAAGUGAAGUUUGCUUGGACUCCAUCCCACAGUAAAUCAUUGUACGGAUAAUGUGAUGUAGCAGAAUAUGCUGGUUCGCUCAUCACUUACACACCUAGCCAGUAUGGAAGCAUGUUUGAACCCAGAUUUUGCUACCAAGUCGUGGUAUCAUUAGGCUCUGUUGUUCUCGUUCUGCUUGCGACAUUGAAGUACU